CGCUACGAAAAUUGCACUAUUUCAGCUGAUAUCAAAAAUUUGAAAACCGUGUGAAACUUUAGGAGCCAGUUGAUCCUCAAAUAUACUUUUUCGAGCUUCACUUCUUCAACACGUGCUGUUGUUUACAAUUGAAUAGAAAAUGAAAUCAGUCAAAAAACCUGGUGGAGAACGUGCUUUACCAGAUCGAAUUCCACUGAGUAGCAUGGAACCGAUAGUUCGGGAUGGUAAAAUCCGAGAGCAGAUCGAAUUGGAGAACAAGGUCCGCCGAGAGUAUCCAAAAAAGUGGGGUUUCAUUACCCAACCGGAAGUAACAGAGUAUAUGAAUCUCAAGAAAAACAACCAACGCUUGAAGGAGAUCCAGCAACAGAAAGGUCAGAAAGUAAAUUUACGCGAGUAUGACGGUCAUGGGGAGUCGUAUUUUCUGUCCAAGCAAAUGUUCAAGACGCUACUGGACACUUGCCGCUGCGGAAGGAAGAAAGUAGCCAAUGUGCACGCUUUGAAGUGUUUGGAGAAACCGAAAAGCAUCUAUGAGAAAACGGACGACGAAGAAGAGGAGGAAGCCAAACAGGAACCGGCGAAAAAAGAUGAUAGUGGUGAAAACAAUACUAGUUAUAUUCCUAAAGUGCCUGUUUUAAGCUCCGGAAUGUACGGCUGGCCGCAAAACCGUUUCGUCGCUAUGGAAAGAACAACCUACUACAUCUCACCACGCUACACCAUGCCGGGAUAUCCGAUCGUGGACUGUCAGCCAUAUCAUAACAUCAUUUUAGGUUAGCUUUUUGUGUUUAAAAACGAACCUAUGUCUUCUUCGAAGCCAUAUGUAUUUUACUUAAUUUUCUCGCUUUUUAAUUUAAACAAACAGACCUACCUUCACGUAC